CGUCGCCUCUUUUGUCGUGUAGUCAGGUUCAGCUCCCUUCAAGUAUUAAACUACCUGGUUGCCAGAACAAACCCAACAGUCUCCAAGAAAAUGUCGACUGUGCGAAGUUUGAAGGUUUUUUGUUUCAUUGUGGUUGGAUAUUGUCUUAUUCAGGUUGUACAACUUCAAGAUGAAUUCGGAAAUAUUAGAGGUGGAAGUGUACUCUGAUGAGAUGGAGACAUUGAAUGAAGACUUGAGACCCGAUUUUCCAGAGGAGGGGAUGCCGUGUCCGGUACCACAGUGUGGGGAACAUCAGUAUAAGACGCACAACGCCAUCUGGGCACACUGGAAAAAAUUUCAUCGGCGAACUGUCCGUAUUUUUAGACGUGCUACAUGUACCUAUAAACAUCCACAGCGGCCUAUGUUAACACGCCAUGUUCGGAGAGUUCAUAAGAAUGAAGACAUUGGCCAGUUCCAGACCUCCAAGGAAGAGAAUCGUCUGUUCCGUAACCCUGAAAACAACUUGUGCCCAAGGAGAAAGAGGGUGGUUCAUGUGGACAAAAGAGAAAAAGCUAGGCUGAAACGAGUGAAGCUUGCAGAUGACUUGAAGGAUGUUGGCAUUGUGCCAAAUCCUUAUGUUUGCCGGGAUGAAUCAAUCAUCACCAGAACAACACCGGACGGGAAGAAAAUUUUAAUUAGAACUGUAAAACCAGAGUGGAUGAACUCAUAAUAUAUUUUAAUCUAUGAACUUUUUGUGGAGACCACAAAUGAACUGCAAAUAUUGCAUAUUUGUUUUUUUAGGUUGGGGGGAAUGUAAGGGAAACGGAAUUAAGUUGUGUUGAAAAUAGGUGAUAUGGAUUUAUUCUUUUAAUAAUUAAUGUUUUAUUAUAUGGAUAUAGAUUUGUUGAUUUGGUAAUAUUUUAGGUAUUGUAAUUUGGUAAUAUAUUUUGUAAUUAGUGUAGAUUAAGUUGGGUAUUAAUUAAGCAUUCGCUGAAUUAUUAUUAUUAUAUUAAAGUUAAAUUAUUUAAGAUUGUUAUUUUGAGAAGUCCUGAGUAGACUAUAUUAAGGGGGAACUACUAUAUAUCGAGGUCUCACUUGGGAGAUAGUCAAAGGUACCAUGCAUGCCUAACUUCUGUUCGAGUAGACCAUGUCUUUUGUCUUGUGUUAGGUUUGGUAGCAGUGGUUUAGUGGUUGUGUUAGGUUUUGUAAUAGUGGCUUAAUGGUAUUGUAUUAGUGAUUUUGUUUGCAGCAGAAAGGUACUAUGUUUGCCUGAGCUACGAACAUGUCUUGUUUAUUAGGUUGUGUGGAGUUACGAGGUGUAAAUUGUUAGGUUUGGGGUAGGAUUAAAGGUUUGAAGUAAUCUUAUUCCUAAUAAAUGUUUUGUGUGAUUUUAUGUUAAGUGUAAAUAAAAGUUGACUAGUUAAUUUUGUGUUUUCAUUUCGUCUUCUGCACUAGACCUUAGUGAAACUCUUUAUCAUAGACAGCUACCUUGAAAGCCAGAUCAGAUACAUUGAAUCUGGGAAACUAAUAAACGGGUUAAGAUACACAGAGAUCUAGGG